GCCGGCUCGCGCAGGCGCACAACCACCCCAGUAGCUUGAGAAGGAGAGUUAGAAAACAUGCGCUCUUUGAAAAAGAGGUUAGGGCUUGAUUCGACUGAAGUGGCGUAUCGGGAGUUCUAGGAGAAAAGUUUCUAAAAUGCCCCGCCAAGGCCGUAAAAUUACAAAACACACUUCUGGCCUUCCGAUAUGCACCCCAGUCAAGGAUUCUUCAUGUGUUCCACUCAGUGCAACUUCCUCAAAAGAUUACAGAACACUAAAGAGGGCCCAGUUGCAACAGCAGUGUAAAAAGCUGGGUCUUCGUGCCUUAGGAAAGAACACUGAACUUAUAGAAAGGCUAGAAGCUUAUCAUGAAGAAUCUUCAUUGAGAAUUGCUUGCAAUAAAGAAGAAACAAACAAGCCAGAAGAGAAAUCUAACAAUCUUGGGACUCUUGUGCAGACCUCUCCUCCAAAUAUGACCAAGGAUAUAAAAACGGAGACCUCUGAAGAUAAAACAGAUAUGGUCCGCGGUUGGUGUGUGGUCCAUGGAAUGGUACUGAGCUGUCCAGCAUCCAGCUGGGUUCCUCUGUUGCUUCACAGAGGCUUAGUUUAUAUUCAGGAUGGAGAAAAUCUGGUCCCUUUUCACCUCUCCCCAAUGAAUAUUUCUGUACCUGAGGGACUGUUGGACAACUAUGUCUGCAUGGACUGUGUGCUCAGGAACCAAGAGAAACCAAAGAAAUGUCCUAUGUGCCAGCAAAUCCAAAGAAAAAAUAAUAGAGUUUAUACACCCCAGAGUACUUUAAAGAACCUUUCCCCUUUGAUGAAAACCUCCCCUUCUUCACUCUUUGCAAUUGAUGGCUUUAAAGAAAAAAAAAGAACUGUAGAGAUUAAAAAACUAUACCAGCCCCAAGAAGACCAGGUCUAUGCUCAGCGGGUAGAUGGGCUCCUUUCCAAAAUGGCCAGGGGAGAGAUUGGUAUGGAUCGAGCUUUGUGCCCUCUUCAAUCUCUGGUUGUCCAUUCUCCAGCUCCAUAUGAAACAUGAGAUAUUUGCAAAGGAAUUCUUAGAAGUAGAGAAACAGAAUCCUGGAAAAACUGUUUCUCUCAUUCAUAUAUCUGUCUAUAUCUAUAUCUCUCCGUGUGUGUGCAAAUACUUGUAUACGUAUCUGUUGAUGUCACUUAGAUUUGUAUUACUUUUUGAAAUAAACUUAGUAAAUAUUG